AAUAGAUCCCAGCCCUCCUCACUGGCCACCUCCACUGCUCUCGCCAGCCUCUCAGCCUCCUGGCGCUCCCUUCUCCACCCUGACCCUACCCAAGGCUCCAGGCUGGCUCAGGCCAAGGAGCCCCCCGUCUGCCCCACCCCUGCUGACCCGCACUGGGUGCAGUUCCCACCCGCUCUUGCUGGAGCUGACCUCAUGUUGUCUUGGAGGUGGCCUACCUGAGCCAGGGGGGCUGGCCAUGCCCACCAGUUACUCUUGUCACCACUGGUUAUGCACUGUUACCACUGGUUGCUUGUCAUUAUUGGUUAUUACUUUGUUACCUCUGAUUACUUGUAACCAGUGGUUACUUUUGUCGCCACUAGUUACUUGUCGUGACCAUGGUUAUUCACCAUUACCAGCUGUUACUAAAACUCUCUGGGCAUUGCAUUCCUGCUGUGAUUCCAGGUGAGAGGGAGGGCCCUGAGUGAUAGCUGUCACCCUGUGUCCCACUUGCUUUGGGACAAAGGUGUCUUGGCACCAUGUGUAGAGAGGUUUGGAUUCCAGCCUGUGUCCAGUAUGGAUUCUCCCUGAAGUGGAGGAGAGCUCUGGUUUUCAGGUUUCUCUCUGUGUCUUGGAGUGGCCAGCAAGGGGGACCCCAAGGGGCACCUGGGCCUGCCUGGAAGGCCCGCGGCCUUGGCACAUUUACAGUAUUUCAGGCAGGCACAGUUUCGUCCAGGAGGUAGGGUGGGCAGCGGGCAGGUUCACAGUGCAGGAAUCUGACCUCUUCCUAUCUCCCUUCUGCUGUGGCUUCUGUACCUCUACAAAGUCUCAAUCCUUUCCCCUUCCCCCCAGGAGCCCUGUGGUCCUCUCUGCCUGCCCCACACUGGGUCCUAGUGAGGCUGUUCAGCGCUUCAUCCAGGCUGUGUCACAUGUGCACCUGUGGGGCUGGUCUUGCUCUGAGUCGUUCCCAUGGCCAGCAUCUGGUCAGGACCUGUAGCCUUGAGCUGAGGGAGGUGCCUGGCCGGCACCGGGGUGGAGCAGAGGUGGAAACUGAUGGAGGGGCGGGGCCCACUUCUGCCGAGUUCGGUUUCAUCUGCUGGCCCAGCUGGCAUCUUGCUGAGAAGCGCCCCUGUGGGAAGCAUAUGGGACCCCUCCUGGGGCUAUAAGUGACAAUGCCACUGCCCUUGGGGACACAGCCUGGUGGUGACCACUUAGAGCACACAGAGUGCAAGGAGGAAGUGCUGGGGAAGGCGGUUACCAGAGGAAGGUCCUGGGGUGUGCUUCAGCCAGGGUGACCAGCAAACACGGGAGGAAGAAGUGAAAUGAGUUUGGGGGCACUGCACCCCAAGGAUGCACAUUGGCCUAGGGGUCCUGAGGUCUGGAGUGGGUGGCAGUGGGCCAGCCUCACUCCAACUGCUCCAGCCCCCUUUGAGUUUGCUGACAGCUGGCCCAGGAUGGGGGCUCCCUAGGGUGGGUCCUGCUUGCUGGCUGCCUCAGGAAGUGGGGAGGGUCUCCCCUGGGGGUCUCAUCCAGUCUCCUCUCUUCCCAGUUUGGGGUGACGGGGUCCAGAAACUGGCGAGCUGCGCGGGACACGCGCAGGUACCGGCACCACUACCCGGAUUUGGUGGAACAAGAUGGCAAUGGUGACAUGCCCAACCUGAGUUUCUACAGAAAUGAGAUCCGGUUCCUGCCCAACGGCUGUUUCAUUGAAGACAUUCUUCAGAACUGGAGGGAGGAGUACGAACUCCUGGAGGACAAUCACCACUACAUCCAGUGGCUGUUUCCCCUGCGAGAGCCAGGGGUGAACUGGCAUGCCAAGCCCCUCACAGUCCAGGAGGCUGAGGCAUUUCAAAACUGCGAGGAGGUCAGGGAGCGGCUGGUUCAGGCCUACGAGCUCAUGCUGGGUUUCUAUGGGAUCCAGCUCCAGGACCGAGCCACGGGCAGAGUGUGCCGGGCGCAGAACUACCAGAAACGCUUCCAGAACCUCAGCUGGCACAGCCACAACAACCUGCGCAUCACCCGCAUCCUCAAGUCCCUGGGUGAGCUGGGCCUAGAGCACUACAAGGCACCCCUGGCCCGCUUCUUCCUGGAGGAGACACUGGUGCGCCAGCAGCUGCCGGGCGUGCGGCAGAGCGCCCUGGAUUACUUCGUGUUCACCGUGCGCUGCCGCCACCAGCGCCGCGAGCUGCUGCACUUCGCCUGGGAGCACUUCCAGCCCCGCUACAAGUUCGUCUGGGGGCCCCACGACAAGCUGCAGAAGUUCAGGCCAUGCUCUCCGCCCUGCUCACCCCUGCCAGCUGGCCGCCGACAGGCCAAGGGGGAGGACAGCCCGGGGGACCCCCUCCCCGAGGCCAACGCCCAAGGGCAGAUCUGUGGGCCGCGGAGGGGUGAAGAGGGGGAUCAUGUGGCUGAGGGCCCCCAGCCGCUCAGCACAGAGUCCCAGGAGGCCGGAGCCUUGGAGAGGGACCAGGUAGAUGAGGCCGGCGUGGAGGAGGGGCCCGAGUCUCCAAACCUCAAGGAGAGCAAGAAGAGGAAGUUGGAGGUGAACCUGCGGGAGCAGGCCCCAGUGCAGCCGGGCCCAAGCGCCUCGGAGGUGGAGAAGAUCGCCCUGAACCUGGAGGGCUGUGCCCUCAGCCCGGGCAGCCUCAGUGCGGGGACCCAGGAAUUGGACAGCCAGGCCCCGAGGGAGGCCGAGCAGCCCUGCCCACAGCCCGAGGGGGCCAAGGUAGCCGACGAUGUGAGGAAGAGAAGGAAGGUGGACCAGGGUGCCAGGGAUGGCACUGGAGUGGCAGCCAGUGGUGGUCCCCUUACUCUGUCCCCCACCUGGCCCCCUGCCUCCCCAGCGUGUCCUGAGGCCGAAGAGGGUGAGAAUGGGGUCAGAGAGGAAGCAGAAGGCCCAGCAGGGCCAGAGCAGGGUGCCCCCGGGAGCCCCACUCCUGCAGGACCCCCGGUGGGUGACGGGGCUGAGCUGGCAGCGGAGGCGGGGCCUUCUGUGCAACCUGGGAAGCCUUAAGGGGAUGGGACAUGCACAGGCGACUCAGCUCGGCCCGGCGCCAGGCCCAGGCGCCAGGUUGCCGGCUGUCCCCUGCGCCCAGCUGUGCUGGCUUCUCCCAGGUGGUCACUGCGGCAGCUGCGGCAGCGCCGGAAGGACGGACCCCGCCCUCGGGGAAGGCCAAGGACUUCAGGAUCCUCCUUACCUCGACUACACUCCCCGCCUCCUCCGUCUUGUGCCACUGCUCCCCAUCUUUAUAAAUAGGCCCCUAAUGGUCAGGGGUGGGGAGUGGGGGCUCAUUUUCUUAGUCUGGUGCCGAGGUCUUUUCUGAAUAAAACUUGUUUGACUUUGA